AUGCGCACACGCAGCCGCCGCCGCCAAGACCGCUCGCCGGCGGCCGUGCCGCUGGACAACGACGACCUGCUUUCCGAGAUCCCGCUCCGCCUUACCCCGCAGCCCUCCUCACUCCGCGCGCAUUCCUCGUCUGCAAGCGUUGGCGCCAACUCUUAUCCGACCCCUGAUACCGCCGCCGCUUCCGCCUCCGCCACCGCCGCAACCCUCCUCUCCUUGCCUUUGCAUAUCCUGGUGUGGGACCCCGUCACCGGCGACCUGCACUGCAUUGCCGUCCUCCCGGAUUUCGUGAGGACACACGGGAUGGUGCUUCGCAUUGCCGAAGAGGCUCAACACUUCCAGGUGGAUAAGGACGACGAGCAACACACACGAGCGCUCGUCUGUGUUUACUCCUCAAAGACCGGCUUAUGGGGAGAUCUUAUCUCAACACUGCUUCCAUACCACGCUCAUAGGAGCAGUUAUUCCACCUUGCUUUAUGAGCCUGACGCUGUGCUGGCUGGAGAUUCCCUUUAUUGGAUGCUUUCUGGGAAUGUUGAUGGAAUUCUUGAGUUUGAUUUGGAGAAGCAGAGCCUAGCUGUGAUAUGA